GAUUGGUUAAUGGGAAGCAAAUCUUCUGGUGCAUUGUUUUGAUUUUCAUGUUUUUGUUAGAAAUUCCUGGAGAAUUUUUUGAAUUUUAUCGGUAAUUUAGAAUUAAAAGUUCUUUCUUUUACCUUUAAUGCAUUUACUGUUUAAGUAUAAGUUUUAACUCCCUAAAACAACCCCAAUUUGAUAUUAGAAGUGAUUUAAAAAUGUCUUUUGAAGCAACUCCAAAGAUAACAGAUUACGAAUUGCUGGAGAAACUUGGCUCUGGAAGCUAUGCCACUGUCCACAGGUGCCAGAAGAAGGCGACAAAAGAGAUUUUCGCUGUCAAGUGCGUGGAAAAGAGCAAACUAACGAGAUCUUCAGUGGACAACAUCAUCACAGAGAUUAGACUUUUGCGGCGAUUGAAGCACCAGCACAUUGUGGAGAUGCACGACUUCCUGUAUGAUGAUAAGAACAUCUACAUUGUGAUGGAAUACUGCAAUUCCGGAAGCUUAUCGGGCUUCAUAAAGCGUCGCAAUGUACUCCCGGAGAGUACAUGUCGAUUCUUCCUGCGGCAGCUGGCUCUGGCGCUGGAGUACAUGCGUGAGAACAACGUGAGUCACUUUGAUCUCAAACCGCAGAACUUGUUGCUCUCGAAGACGCCACAGGUUGUCCUCAAAGUAGCGGAUUUUGGGUUCGCGCAGCACAUUGAGCUGGGGCAGGAGAACACAACAAUCAAGGGAUCACCCCUCUACAUGGCUCCGGAAAUCCUCCUACGCAAUUGCUACGACUGCAAAGCUGAUCUCUGGAGUAUCGGUGUGAUUCUCUAUGAAUGCCUCUUCGGGAAGGCACCGUACAGCUCUAAAUCCCUCGCUGAGCUGAUGGAGAAGAUUCGGUUGUUGCAGAAAAUUGAAAUUCCCCAGAAUACACGGAUUUCGCCGGAAUGUGAGGAUCUCCUCACGCGACUUCUGCAGCAUGAUCGGCAGAAGCGAAUUGACUUUCGGGACUUCUUCCAGCAUGACUUCCUUGAUCUCCGGCAUGCUCCGUGUGAGAAGAACUUCGAACGUGCCCUCGAAAUUGUCCGUGAAGCUGUUGAGGCGGACACUAGGGGUGAUCUGGAGCAGGCCUAUCAUCUCUACUGCGAGAGUUUACAGUUCUUUGUUCCCUACGUCCAGGCUGAGCAGGAUAUAGCGAAGAAACAAGCUCUGCGCGCUCGUGUUAGGACUUACAUGCAACGAGCUGAGGAGAUAAAGCACGCACUGACGGGUGAGAAGCCACCCACGCAGAGCUCUGUCCGGAAUGCCCUAACUCCACGCCUACUAUACCAGCAUCUCCAUGCACUGAGCCACUCUAGCCCCGCACUGAGAGAUGGGCUCGAGAUUGGGCGUCAGGGGGAGCUAUAUGCCCACGAGGGUAACUACAGAGCCGCCCUGGAGUCCCUAAAGACCUCCCUGGGUAGCCUUGUGCCGCUUCUAGGGCAGGAGCCAAAGGGUCAGCGUCGGGAGUUGCUGCAUCAGCAAAUUCAGGCGUGGAUGAAGGAUGCCGAGAGUCUUAAGUCUCUCCUAUCGGCACGUGAUAUGCAGGAUGACAAAGACAUCCCAAAUUCCCACAACACCCACUCCUACUGUAGCAUCCAGUAGGGAAUUUUGCAUUCCUUUCAUUCGGCUUAAUUAUUAUUGUUGUUCUCCGCACUUUCUAGUCUGAUUGGUAGAUAGAAAAUAAAUAAAUUAUUUUUGCUUUGAAAAAAAA